GGCGUAGAGCGGCGGCAGCCCACGUGCGGAGCGGCCUGGCGGCGGGAUGACGCAGCCGGGGAUCCCCGCAGGGGGGAUUCCCUCGCAGGUCAAUGGGGCUCCCAUCAAUGCCUGCAAGAGAUCAAAGGGAAGAGAAACAGCCAAAGUAUCACAGGAUUUUCCUUGCCCCCUACGCACAUCCAAGGAUCAGUCGUCUCCAAUAGGCUAUUGUAAGGACCAAUCUUUAGCCUCUAUGUUUGUUCCUUUCGUUGUACACCCUGGGAGUCAUAAGCCUGAUUCGCUCAAGUUUGUCUUCUAUAAAUCAAAUUACUCUAAUUCGUACGCGCCAUUUUACACUGCGCAGAAGCCAACCUGUGGGUACCGGUAUUGCCGGGACACCGAUCACACCAGGAAGGUGAUGGACGUAGAGAGUGCAAACGUUGUCAAGUGGAGACCCAUUGUGGGGACAAAACCACAGUUGGUUACAAUAAACCCAAAGCAACGAAACUAACAGUAUGCCUGGCCAGAGCCUCUCAUUUGUGCCGGAUAUUCUAGUGCAGUGUGUGUUGGUUGAAAGGGUAAGGUAAAGCUUAUUUGGAUGGCUCUAGAAGACCACCUGGGAAAUACUGCAGGAGCUAAACUUUCACAGCAGCAUAGCAAACGGCUGUUGUAACUUCUACCCAACUCCUUCCAGAAUGCAGUGCAACAGUGUAAACCUACCAUUGUGGUUAUGUUACCAAAACUAGCCACUAGCUGGCACAUUAAAUGAAGUAUACUUGUUAGGUUUGGUGAAUAUAUCCACCUGAUGAAUGCACUGAUUUAUGAGAAAUAUGUUGCCUAGAGUAUGUAUUUGUAUUCAUAUAGGAAAACUCAGGCAGACUUCUUGUGUCCGGGUUGCUGGGAACCCUUACUGAGGCACUGAGACUCAACAUUGAGGUGCAUAAAAUAUGAAUUCUACUGAUCAUCUGUGUACUGCAUGGGUAUCCACACAACAGACUAAACUCCAGAAGUCUUGCCCCAGCAUGCACUGGGCUCAGUGUAGAACCUGGGCUGUAUUCUGUAGGAGCUGGUCUCUUCUUUGGUUUCCCAAAGUCCUGGUCAGACUCUGGAAAGCAUAAGAACCCCUUCAUUGCUAGGCCUUAUGGCAUGGUAUGAUGUGCUUAGUGAGGCAGAAAGCUCAUUUUCUGUUUGGAGCUGUAAAAGUUUGUUUUGUGUUUGGUAAUUGUCACUGAAGUGUAACAUGCACUGGGGAGGUCUCUACUAGCCCUGACUUAAGAGUACACUGUAAAAGAUGUCAAGUGGCACACAGUAUACAGAAUUUUUUUAAUAGCCUGGUGAAUUGAAUGCAUUGGCAGAAAGGUACAACUAUAAUCAUAAUAUUUUGUCCUUCUGUAGCAUUGUGAGCUAAUGGACUUUCCCACUCUGCUCUGAA